GGCGAUCGCGUCUCUUUCACUUCGAGUCCCGCUGCCGGUUCUCUGGGAGUCCCCGUCCUUCCCCGGCGCUGCCCGUCCCGUCCAUCGUCCGCAGCUCGUCCGUCGUCAGCCCCGCUCUGCGCCGCCGCGGCCUCUCCUCGCCAAGUGAUACCCCAAGUGACAGACACCUCACCUCCUUAGUCGCCGUCCGUCCGUCCGUCCGACUCCGCUGCCCGUCUAGCGCUCCACAUGGCCUCCACGCAGAGCGGCGGCUCCUCCGGGGGACCCGCGGUCCCCACCGUGCAGCGGGGCAUCGUCAAGAUGGUCCUCUCUGGAUGUGCCAUCAUUGUCCGAGGUCAGCCCCGGGGUGGGCCCCCUCCCGAGAGACAGAUCAACCUUAGCAACAUUCGAGCUGGCAACCUGGCCCGCCGGGCUGCAGUUGCACAACCCGAUGCAAAGGAUACUCCAGAUGAGCCUUGGGCAUUUCCUGCUCGGGAGUUCCUUCGAAAGAAGCUAAUUGGGAAGGAAGUCUGUUUCACGAUAGAGAACAAAACCCCUCAGGGCCGAGAAUAUGGCAUGAUCUACCUUGGAAAAGAUACCAAUGGGGAAAACAUUGCUGAAUCUCUGGUUGCAGAAGGCCUGGCCACACGGAGAGAAGGCAUGCGAGCUAAUAAUCCUGAGCAGAACCGGCUUUCAGAAUGUGAGGAGCAAGCGAAGGCAGCCAAGAAAGGAAUGUGGAGUGAGGGAACGGGUUCCCACACCAUCCGGGACCUCAAGUAUACCAUCGAGAACCCAAGGCACUUUGUGGACUCCCACCACCAGAAGCCUGUCAAUGCAAUCAUUGAACAUGUCCGGGACGGAAGUGUGGUCAGGGCUCUGCUACUUCCAGAUAACUACCUGGUUACGGUCAUGCUAUCGGGGAUCAAGUGCCCUACUUUUCGACGGGAAGCUGAUGGCAGUGAAACACCAGAGCCUUUUGCAGCAGAAGCCAAAUUUUUCACUGAGUCUCGACUGCUUCAGAGAGAUGUUCAGAUCAUUUUGGAGAGCUGCCACAACCAGAACAUUCUGGGUACCAUCCUUCAUCCAAAUGGUAACAUCACAGAGCUCCUUCUCAAGGAAGGGUUUGCACGCUGCGUGGAUUGGUCAAUCGCGGUGUAUACUCGGGGCGCAGAAAAGCUGAGGGCAGCUGAGAGGUUUGCCAAGGAACGCAGGCUGAGACUCUGGAGAGACUAUGUGCCUCCCACUGCUAAUUUGGACCAGAAGGACAAGCAGUUUGUUGCCAAGGUGAUGCAAGUGCUGAAUGCUGAUGCUAUUGUUGUGAAGCUGAAUUCUGGCGACUACAAGACCAUCCACCUGUCCAGUAUUCGACCACCACGGCUCGAGGGGGAGAACACCCAGGAUAAGAACAAGAAACUUCGUCCCCUGUAUGACAUUCCCUAUAUGUUUGAAGCCCGGGAGUUUCUUCGAAAGAAGCUGAUCGGGAAAAAGGUCAACGUAACUGUGGACUACAUUAGACCAGCCAGCCCCGCCACAGACACUGUGCCUGCCUUUUCAGAGCGUACCUGUGCCACUGUGACCAUUGGAGGAAUAAACAUCGCCGAGGCCCUUGUGAGCAAAGGUCUGGCCACUGUGAUCCGAUACCGGCAGGAUGAUGAUCAGCGGUCCUCCCACUAUGAUGAGCUGCUUGCUGCUGAGGCCAGAGCUAUUAAGAAUGGCAAGGGAUUGCAUAGCAAGAAGGAAGUGCCUAUCCACCGUGUGGCAGACAUCUCCGGGGAUACUCAAAAAGCAAAGCAAUUCCUGCCCUUCCUCCAGCGAGCAGGCCGUUCUGAAGCUGUGGUGGAGUACGUCUUCAGUGGUUCUCGCCUCAAACUGUAUUUGCCAAAGGAAACUUGCCUUAUCACCUUCUUGCUUGCUGGCAUUGAAUGCCCCCGAGGCGCCCGGAAUAUUCCCGGCUUGGUUCAGGAGGGUGAGCCUUUCAGUGAAGAGGCGACGCUUUUCACCAAGGAGCUGGUGCUGCAGCGUGAGGUGGAGGUGGAGGUAGAGAGCAUGGACAAGGCCGGCAACUUCAUUGGCUGGCUGCACAUGGACGGUGCCAACCUGUCGGUGCUGCUGGUGGAGCACGCGCUCUCCAAGGUCCACUUCACCGCCGAGCGCAGCUCCUACUACAAGUCCCUGCUGUCUGCCGAGGAGGCCGCUAAGCAGAAGAAGGAAAAGGUCUGGGCUCACUACGAGGAGCAGCCCGUGGAGGAGCUGGUGCCGGUGCUGGAGGAGAAGGAGCGCUCAGCCAGUUAUAAGCCUGUGAUUGUGACCGAGAUCACAGACAACCUUCACUUCUAUGUGCAGGAUGUGGAGACGGGCACCCAGCUGGAGAAGCUGAUGGAGAACAUGCGCACUGACAUCGCCAGCCAUCCCCCAGUUGAGGGUUCAUAUGCCCCCCGCCGGGGCGAGUUCUGCAUUGCCAAAUUUGAAGAUGGAGAAUGGUACCGCGCUCGAGUAGAGAAAGUGGAGUCCCCUGCCAAAGUGCACGUCUUCUACAUUGACUACGGCAACAGAGAGAUUCUGCCGUCUGCCCGCCUGGGCACCCUGCCCCCUGCCUUCAGCACUCGAGUGCUGCCUGCACAAGCCACGGAGUACGCUUUUGCCUUCAUCCAGGUGCCCCAGGAUGAGGAUGCCCGGACAGACGCUGUGGACUGUGUGGUGCGGGACAUCCAGAACACGCAGUGCCUGCUCAACGUGGAGCACCUCACCGCCGGCUGCCCCCACGUCACCCUCCAGUUUGCUGACUCCAAGGGUGACGUGGGGCUGGGCCUGGUGAAGGAGGGGCUGGUCAUGGUGGAGGUGCGCAAGGAGAAGCAGUUCCAGAAAGUGAUCACAGAAUACCUGAAUGCCCAGGAGACAGCCAAGAGUGCCCGGUUGAACCUCUGGCGCUAUGGAGACUUCCGAGCCGAUGAUGCUGACGAGUUUGGCUACAGCCGCUAAGGAGGGAAGGGGUUCCCAGGGCCUGUCCCUCCCCCCCAGGCAUGGGGUGGGGGAGCACAUUCCUGCUCAAGACCCAGGGUGGAGUGGAGAUUGGGUCUGGCUUUGCUUCAGUGUAUGUAAAUGUCUUACGGGGCUGCGACUAUCCAAGGAGGGGAGACCAGGCUUUUGGGGGAUAGACCUUUGUCUUCCGGAAUGAUGAGUAUUUGAUUUUUGUGUUUUUAUUCAGGGUCAAGUAUAGUGUUUUUUCUUUUUUUAAAAAAAAAAAUUAUCCUCAAAUCAGGAAGAAACAAGAACAACUUUAUUCUAAAGGAGGAUGUGGCCCUAUCACCUGCUUACCCCCAGCAUCCGCCUAGCUCUGAUCACAUGACCCCAAGAUCCACCUGUUCUCCUGUGUUCGAGUGUCCAUCUGUGCCCCGUGUCCUCCACCCCUCUGUAUUUAAAGCUUUGGCGGUCCAAUAAAACAGUUCGUGCUGUCUCUA